AUGCGUCUGUCCACGGCGCUGCUGGCCUGCGCCGUUCCCUCGGUCCUCUCAUGGGGCAACGUUGGCCACCGCACAGUUGGCUAUCUCGCCGAGAAGUAUCUCACGGAUGAAGCUGCUGCACUGGUCGGCAAGCUCCUCGCCAACGACCGCAACUACGACAUCUCGGAUGCCGCAACCUGGGCCGAUACCCUAAGAGGCCACAUGGGCUGGGCGAGCAAAUACCACUACAUCAAUCCCCGCGAUGAUCCUCCCAACCUAUGCGGGAUGAAAUACCCCCAAGACUGUCCCUCCAGCGGCUGCGUCAUCUCCGCCAUCCAAAACUACACGGCCCAAAUCCUCGACACCUCCCUCCCUCUCAUCAACCGCAAAAACGCCACAAUGUUCGUCAUCCACUUCCUUGGCGACAUCCACCAGCCCCUGCACGCAACGGGCCUCCUCCGCGGCGGCAACGACAUCCGCCCCGUCUGCUGGCGCCGCCAGCCCUCCAACGGCCGCUGCACCGGCCCCAUGUCCCUCCACUCCGUCUGGGACACCCAGAUCCCCCACCGCAUCCGCGGCCUGGCCCCGCACCUCUCCAUCCCGCAGGAGAAGGCCGCCGCCGCCUCCUGGGCGGCCGACCUCUUCUCCCGGCAUGCGGCCUCCGGCGUUAAUGCCACAUCCGGGCAGUGCGUCGACCUCGCGACGGGCACCUGUGCCCUCGGCUGGGCGACCGAGUCCAACGCCUUCGUCUGCUCUCACGUGCUGAAGCCCGGCCUGCAGUGGCUCAAGGCGCACGACUUGAGCGAGGGGUACUACGACCAGACGUGGGAGGUCGUCGACGAGGUUAUCGGGCGCGCGGGCGUGAGGCUGGGGGCUUGGUUGAAUGCCGUUGCUGCCAAGUUGGCUUCGGAGACGGGACCUGUGUUUGAGGAGCUUUGA